CUCCCUUGCUUUCUGUGUUCACUGAAGGAAACGGCCGUAACUGUGUUCGGAAUCUCUACAUUUACCAGAGACAGGAGAUCGCGUCGUCCAAGGGCUCCGUUCAUCCUCACACCGCUUUUCCGCUUCGUUUGGCCAUCAUCCUACGGAUCCACACCACCAUCUACCUGUGGUAACUCUUCUGACCGUCUGCCUCUGGUAAGCCUUCUGAAACCGGUAACUCUUCUGACCGUCUGCCUGUGGUAAGCCUUCUGAAACCACACCACCGUCUGCUGGUAAGCCUUUCGAAACCAGUAACACACCACCGUCUGCCUGUGGUAAGCCUUUCGAAACCAGUAACACACCACCGUUUGCUUGUGGUAAGCCUUCUGAAACCAGUAACACACCACCGUUUGCUUGUGGUAAGCCUUCCAAAACCAGUAACACACCACCGUCUGCCUGUGGUAAGCCUUCCGAAACCAAUAACAAAGAAUUGUCUGCCUGUGGUAAGCCUUCCAGCAAACGCAAACCAUGGCUAAUGGCCGCAGCUUCUACAAGAAAUCCAUGCGCCAUUACCAGCAAGCGUGCCGGGAGGACCCAACGUUGUCGACCAACGACGAGAAGUUUCAGCAGAGGACGACGAGCAUGGUGCAGGGCUUCUACUCUCCUGGAGGGGAAGAAGGUAAUAGCAGCACCCUCAUUCCUUCCUUUGAUAUCAUAAACGAGAUUAACUUAGCUGCUGGGGAGAUAUUGACCUACAAGCAAGACAUAGGUAGCAAUGCCCAAAUCCUCCCAAUGGUCAACAGCUACUUCGAGCUUUGCAAGACGACACUGGAUUCUUUAUGUAGUUUGGAGGUACAUCUCUCUUGCACCAUGAACAAAUUGACGGCGUUCCGUGGCAGCUGGCAUGUGGAUCAGAAGGUGAGGGAAGCAGUCACAUGCGCCGAGGGCGACGUGGGCUGCUUCUUUCUCUCCCUUCCCGGGCUGAUCCGAAAGCACGUUCAGAUGCUCCACAAGCUGCAGUUGGCGAGGGAUGAGGAAAUGCCAACUAGACCGAGGAGUUUGAAGAACCCAACGCCUCGAAGAGUAAUCACGAUCAUGUUCUGGACUGUGUACGCUGGUGUCGUGAUCUUUUCCAUCUUGGCAGCAUCCCUGCAUGCACCCCCAGUUCUGGCAAUGCUCCCCACGGCGGUCAUAAGCUUAUUGAGCUGGGGUCCUUUCGUCAACUGGGUUGAAGGUUUUUGGGACAUAGCCGAGGAAACUGAGGGGUGGCCGCGGGGGAGAAGAGAAUGGUUUUGAUUCGAGAACUGGAGGACAUCAAACUUUUAACGAUAUGCAAUAGGGAGAGAGCAGUCGAAGCUGUGUUGAAGACAAUGGCCGAAUUGAAUGAGCAGGUGGAAAAAUGCAACCGUGUGAUUUGCAGGGCAAGGAACAAGUUCUUGCGAGAAAAAUUACAGAGCCCCAGAGGCACAAAGAUCGUGCUCGAGCAUUUACCCAUCGGCAAGUAGUUCGUUUGGAGCAGAAGAAAGACACAUUUCUUGAGAAGAUGUCCGAGUGUUUGAAUCAAAGAAGAGCUUUUUCUAAAUUUUGUAAGAAACUCACUUUCGGGUUUGUCAAACUUGGGUUUCCCCAGUAGUGUUAAAAAAUACAUCACGCAAAAAAUGGGUGGCAAUCAUCCAAAUAACGCAAUCUAGUCUUACUUGCUUAAUUAGUCAGCGGCAUAUGAAUAACAACUGCAAAAUUGCUCUCUCGUGUGUGCCUGUCUUGCCUGCGUGUCUAAGAAUUUGAAAGGACAUUAUGGAAACUAGACAUGCAGAUUGGAUUGAUCUAAGGGUUACAAA